GAGUGGGACCUCGUGGCGAAGUCCCCGUCUCCGCUGUCAUGCAACAACCUCCACAACAACCCUGAGCUCCGCUAUCGCUGAUGGCGGAUCCACUCAGUGGGAACAGUGGCUGAAUCAGGCUGGAUGCUGCACUCGAGAUAACAGCCAGAUAAGCGCCGUGUGAUUUAGGCGGUGUUGGGAGAGGGAGUCAUGCAGUUAGCCGCUGCCGACGUAGCUUCCGCCAGCAGCCGCACACCGCGUCACAAACGCUGGAGUCCGACGCUUCACGGCCGCUCACACUUUCUGAUGCCCCGGACUCAUCUCGCUGCUCCUCUCUGAAGCCUGCGUGGUCGUUGAAGGCCUCUUGUGACAGACUUUUGGACCAUGGCCCCGCACCCGCUCGUCCAGGCCGUCAUUGACCUCUCGGCAGGAGCCGUAGGGGGAGCUGCUUGUGUUUUCAGUGGCCAGCCUUUAGACACAACCAAGGUCAAGAUGCAGACCUUUCCUACUCUCUACCGAGGAUUCGUCCACUGCAUUGUGUCCACCUACAAGCAGGUGGGCAUUCGUGGCCUGUACCAAGGCACCACGCCGGCGCUGAUGGCCAACAUCGCCGAGAACUCCGUGCUCUUCAUGAGCUACGGCUUCUGCCAGCAGGUCGUCCGCUUCACGGCCGGGCUGCCGGGCGACGCGGCGCUGAGUGACGUGCAGAAGGCCUGUGCUGGCUCAGUGGCGUCCAUCUUCUCCUCACUCGUGCUCUGCCCCACCGAGCUCGUCAAGUGCCGGCUGCAAGCCAUGUUUGAAAUGGAGGCGUCAGGCAAGAUCGCCAGGAGCCAGAACACAGUGUGGUCUGUGGUCAAAUCCAUCAUGAAGAACGAGGGACCACAGGGCUUCUUCCAGGGCCUGACCACGACUAUAGCAAGAGAGGUGCCGGGCUACUUCUGCUUCUUCGGUGCAUAUGAGCUCUGCCGCACCGGCUUUGCAGAUUACAUGAAGUGUGGCAAGGACGACAUAGGUGUGGCUCCCAUCGUGUUCAGUGGCGGCUUCGGAGGUGCUUGCCUGUGGCUCGUGGUGUAUCCCAUGGACUGCGUCAAGUCUCGCAUCCAGGUCAUGUCCAUGACAGGCAAACAGGCGGGCUUUUUCAAAACCUUCAUGGCCAUCACUCGAACUGAAGGUGUGAGGGCUCUCUACUCUGGUCUCACCCCCACCAUGAUCCGCACUUUCCCUGCAAACGGAGCGCUCUUCCUGGGUUACGAGGCCAGUCGGAAGGUCAUGAUGAAGCAGUUUGACUGAGUCGGCUCAUGAGAUGGGUCCUGAAUCAGACGUGACUUAUACACAGUCAAUGUACUUGACGGUCCACAGAUUUUACUUCUGACAUGUGAAACUGCCUUUAGGGUUACAACCUUUUUAUUUUAUUUUAGCCAGGUUUCUUGUUUGUUCAGUUUAGCUUUUAUUUGUGGUUGUGGUCUGGAAGUCAGCGUGAGGAAUAUGUUGCUUGUACUGUAUGUGGGUAGACCAACAUCGGCGACAAACAAAGACAUAACCACUAGGUUUAUUAUCAAAAUCUGCCUGGUACAAAGUACACGGACCCAGCAGCCCAACAACCUGAGCACAACUCCAGCUGAAUCAUUUGAGGGUAUUAUAACGUGUAGGAUGUGGUUUUUUGCCAUCUCCUGCCAUUUUGAUAGUGUAUUCUAAAAAAUGCAACACUCCAUCUCUUUUUAAACUUUAAAAAAUUGUUGAUCUUGAUAACAUGUUUACAUCUUUUAAAACAAAACUCUAAUUUAUUUUUGAGAUGUGAAUAUUCUCUGGUAUUAACGCUCCAAUUGUGUAAAUAAGUAAAACUGUAUUAUAGUGUUGAGUAGCAACAUUAGCCAGAUGUUUUAUGAGGGACACUAGAUUAUUUAAUUUUUUUAUGUCUACCUCAAAAGAGCUAAAUUCACACAUUCACUAAUUUGUCUUUGUACUUCACCCCAAUGUUACUUUAGACACUGACAAAUAAUGAAGUGGCAUGAACUAUUUAAUUUAAGUUGCCAAAUAUUUUUUUAUGUGUUAUAUACAUUUUUCAUGAUUCUCAUUUUUGGUUGAAUUGAAAAUAAGUGUCCACUGUUUGAAGACUCAUGUUUUAAGCUGUUUACCUUUUGAACCGUUACAUUUUUACCUUUUUUUUGUUGUGUAUUCUGUGUAAAUUUGUUAAGAAAAUUAUGUGCUGCCUCAUCAUGAUGUUGUUUGCACACUGUUCCAUCUGUGGGUUAUACUGAGAUCCUGAGACAAAUUGUAGCGAGGAAACCUGAAUUAAAGGUGUAAAAGAAGGCAAAA